GUCGCACGCGCGUCACUUUACUGUAGUCCCCAGAAAUUUCACCCAAAUUGGAAGUCGGCACACUGGAACAGGCAAAAACCCUAGAGAAAUGAACCAUCUCGCGAGACGAGCAUCAACCUUCCUGCAGCGACCGAGCUGGGCUUCCUCCGUCCCCGACUCACCGAGCAGCCGCCGCCACCACAACCACCAACAGUCGCGAGGCAUCCGAGUGAAGGUCCUCAAUGGCAACCUCGAGCAGGCCCUCGGCUUCAUGCAGCGCACCAUGCAGUCGAGCGGGAUCGAGCGCCUGAUCAAGCGCGAGCAGACGCACCACCUCAAGAACUCCGAGAAGCGCGUCCUGGCCCGCAAGAACCUCGAGCGCAAGAUUCGGUCCCAGGACCUCGCUCGCAAGCUCAAGGCUAUCCUCAUCAAGAAAGUCAGGGGUCUAUAGGAGUGUUGUGCAGCAGUUUGUUACCAUACAUGAGGACUCAAUUUUCACAGUUUCGCGACAUGUAGAGAAUUUGGUGAAAGAACAUUUUUGUUACAAUAUCGUCAGCAAUGAAAUGUUCGUUUGAUGGAUUGUC